AUGGCUCGUACGAAGCAAACAGCACGUAAAUCAACCGGAGGAAAGGCUCCGAGGAAACAGUUAGCGACUAAAGCAGCUCGUAAGAGCGCCCCAUCGACCGGUGGAGUGAAAAAGCCUCAUCGUUAUAGACCCGGUACUGUCGCUCUUCGUGAAAUUCGUCGUUACCAGAAGUCUACUGAAUUGUUGAUCAGAAAGCUUCCGUUCCAGCGACUUGUACGUGAAAUUGCCCAAGACUUUAAAACUGAUCUUCGUUUCCAAAGUGCUGCCAUUGGCGCCCUACAAGAAGCCGCUGAAGCUUACCUGGUUGGUCUCUUCGAAGAUACAAACUUGUGCGCUAUCCACGCCAAGCGUGUAACAAUUAUGCCAAAGGAUAUCCAGCUUGCCCGUCGAAUCCGAGGAGAACGUGCUUAAAGUCAACUUAAAAUGUUUGCUGUACAUAACUAGACUUUUAUGGAAGUUUUCAAGCAAGAAUCUAACUGAACUUUAUUAUAAUAUACAUGCGCUAGUGGCGAACGAUCAAAGACAUUCAAAAUAAUCAUUUCUGUGUAUACGCUUUCCGUUAUUUUCUCUGUAACUUUCGUUAAUUUUUAGUUUGAGUUGAAUCAAAUCAUCUCAUUGUAGUUGAUUUUUGGCCUGUAAACUUGUGUGUUUUAAAGAGUUUUACCCUGGAAGUGUUGUUUUAAGUUGUCCGUUGUUAUAUUUUGGCGCAUUUUAUGCUGGGCGACAAGGCGUCUUUGUUUCCCAAAGGUGGGUGCUAAGAAUCUAAAAAACGCUCACUGCCAUAAAAAGCCCGUGUUCGUUGUAGAACGACUGAGAUGUUGCUCAUGGCCGUAUUGGGACAAAAAUAAUCCCGCGUGGUUACUCUAGUAGUGCAAACUGGCAACCUUUCUGUAAAUUAAUUAUAUACAUUUUUAACUAACCCUUAUUUAAGAGGCAAAUAAAACUGUCUUGUAGAAAACCAGUGUACAGUGACGUUUAUGGUAGCUUUAGAAUAUAAAUUUCGCUAUAAAUACAUGCUGUCGGGCCGCAAGGGAAUUUUAGCGGCGAUUUCCACAUAGUCGAUCCACAGCGUGAAAUUCGCAAUAAUGUGGCAGCGAUGUGUGAAUCGAUGCCUAAAAACUAACAUUUCUUGGUGAGGGGAAGAUGUUACGAGCAAUCGGGGAAUUGAUACCACCAGCCAUUAUAAACCGUCGUGCUUGACAGAAGGCGGCAGCGGCUGUUUCAUUCUCCUUCGAUCUUCCUAGAAAAUAGGAAGAUUGAAGAAGACUCUGCUCAAUGCGGUGGAUGGUAUCUUUUGUCUUUCACUUUACCUUGAGCAAAGUACAGUGAUUCACGAGUGAUCGAGAAAAGAAAUACGAGUUUUCCGUUUUCGUAAUUGUUCGUCACCACUUCGGAAUUCUUCGGUUUCUCAGUUCCAGUCUCCUGGAGGGAACGGCAGCAACAAAGAUGGCGGCCACCCGGUUUUGUAGGUUCAUAGUCCCAUCUACUUCUGUGAAAGUUACGACAAAAGUAUUCGGCAAAACAGGGAUUUUUAACCUAGCAAGGCAGAUCUAUGUAAGAUUUCAUUUAUGACUUAUUGUCUUUUUGUUUUUCAUUUUCUGUGUACUUUCUUUAUCAAACAAAUGCCCUGGUUGAACCGUUCUCAAAAUGAUGUGACCCCGUUGCAGGUUCCAGGUAUAUGGAAACGUUCAUUCUCUACAGAGGUGAGUUACCUCGCUGAACCAACUUGAAAUAAACUCUUGAUCCUUCUAUACCAGCCUGGCCAGCUGCUUUGAACUUUAUGUUGUUCACAAACAGCAUGCAUGUUAACUAUUAAACCUCAUGUAAUAUUUUAAAAUAUUUCGUCCCGAGAUUGUCAAACCCAGAGCACGUUUUGUUUUUUUACUAUUAUUACAACAAACAGUAUUCAAUUUAAGGGAGAAUUAGCACAGAACCAUAAAUAGGAGGAACUGCUGAGAAGAGACCUUGACACUCGACACAGCUUCUAGUAGAUUUAACGAAGAAUGUACUGAUAUUGCUGUGAGCAUGUUCAAAAGCCAUUUAUAUUGUAAUCUUUUUCUAGUCCAGAAAGGUAACACUUAUUCCUGGUGAUGGAAUAGGACCUGAAAUUUCCGAUGCUGUCAAAGAUGUAUUUGCUGCUGCCAAGGUUUGUCGUAUUCUUUCUUAACAUUUUUUGUUAUGUUACGCCAUAACAUAAUUUAUUACCUAACAAGCUAACUUUAUGCACAUGUCAUGGGCUAACCCCAGAGUUAGCACUUUAUGUUUUUGCUUGUGAUUCUAGAACAGUCUGACCUGUCAGAUAACAGACAGCACCCAGCUAAAAUUUCUUGAGCCCUGUUGAUGUGAAUCUCCUAUCUUGAAUUCACUUUUAGGUUCCUAUUGAAUGGGAAGAAGUCACAGUGGCCCCUAUUCUUCUUCCUGAUGGUAAAACAACCAUCCCAGCUGCAGCAAUAAACUCUAUGAAUAAGAACAAGAUUGGACUCAAAGGUACCUUUACUACUAUAAUAAUAACGAGAGAAAUAAUAAAUUAUUAGCUAGGGGUCGUUGACGUAUUCACUUUCCCCCUGCUUAACGUCAACUGGAUGUUUAGGGGAAGGGGGUAAGCCAGUUGACGUUAGUGCAGGGCAUUUUUGGAUAAAAGCAAACUGAUGCAUUUUCAUGUCACUAAAUAUUUUGUGGAAUGGCGCUCGUGACAUUAUUUACGAGAAAGUAGGACCAAUAUUGUUGUAGAAGUGAGUGCCAAUUGAGCUCUUUUAAACUCUGCUCUGCUCACUACUAGCAAAUUACACAUUUCACAUUUUGAACCAAGCAAUUGUGCAGAUUUUGCAAAGAACAGGAGGGAGAAAGCAUAAUUCUUAUUAUGAAGUUUCUACCACGUUAUAAAAGCAGUAAAUUGUGUUGAUACCAUUGACAUCUUCAUGUAGGCGCAUUUCAGUAUUCCCUCUGGAAUGCGACUUUUGGGGCAGCAAAAAAAUUAAGUGGACGUUAAGGAGGAGGGGGGGGGGAGAGGGUCUGACCUAAAUGUCCAGUUGACGUUAAGCGGGGGAAAAGUGAAUACUGUUAUGUCAAUGGCCCCUUACUGCAAAGAAGUGGUUGUUCUCCAUUUUGUUUCUCACAAAUUUUGUCCUGUUACUAGAUGAGGUGAGGGAUUGUUGAGAAGGAGAGAAAAUGAGAGAAAUAUCUUACAGAAUUCCUAAGCCCAUCUGUUUGACUUUAUUCAUUGUUCUCAAAGUGCAAACCUUUUUGGUACUUUUAUCAAUUCUGUUGCACGACUUUAAAAGUCAAGCAUUUUUUUUGCUUUGUGUACCGCUGACAAUCUCUUUGGAAGUUCCCCAAGACAAAGCCAAAAAAGGGAUAGGGCUAGAGAAGGCAAAUAUAGUGAAUGGCAUUCAAUUUUCUACCACAGUUUGAAACAAAGUAGCUAAGAAUAUUUUAACUAUGUUUGCUAAGGAAUAUUUAGUUCAAGCAGUAAUGUAGACACAGAAUGAAAAUGUUGUAAAUGUUGUUUGUAGUGUUGUAAUUCCCUGAUGUAUUUUGCUCUUUAAACAUAAUUAUCCAAGGGAGAACUUCUAUUGGAUGCAUGUAAUUGCUGUAAACAGUUACAUGAAAUUCACUCCCGUCAAUUGGUUGACCAGAAAGGUUCAAAUGCCUUGGCUUAGCAACAACAACCACAACUAUCUUCUUCUAGAGUAUAGAUGUGAGUCUUAAGAAUGUUUGUUUUAUUGUGAUAGGACCACUGGAGACAAAGAUUGGUAAAGGACAUGUGUCUAUGAAUUUGACGCUCAGAAGGUUAGAAGGGUUAAUAUAUUAACUUAAUAGGUCUAAUUUACUUACUUAAUACUUGAGAUGCCACAAUACAAACAUAAAACCUGUGAUAAUCAAACCCAAACCUGGAUUGCUUUGAGGUAUGAUUGUUUCCUAAUUUACAGAGAGGAUUUGAUGUCCAGACUCGUUAAGCCUUUGCAGUUUUUGGCCUCAUCUCAAGCCCUGUUAGGAAUAGCUUAAAUAAAUUGAAAUGAAUAGUAAAUGUUAGUGACAAUGAUGAUAUUGGUUUACAUGUAUUUGAUUGUACAUGUGUAUUAGGAGUAAUAAUCCAAUUUUUUAUCCCCAUCUAGUUAGAGGAAAGGGAAAAUGGUUGUGAUGAGGGUGCUAGUAAAAUUCACUUUAAAACAAGCUGCGCUUUUUGACAUUGUCUUCCUUCUCCAGGAUUUUUAAUCUGUAUGCCAAUGUACGGCCGUGCCGGUCCAUAGAGGGCUAUCCCACAGCAUACGAUGACGUUAAUCUGGUUACAAUUAGGGAAAACACAGAGGGAGAAUACAGUGGCAUAGAGCAUGUGGCAAGUCAAUAGCUCAAAAUUUGUUGAAUGUAAAAUUAAUUAUUUGUUAAAUAUUACACAUCCAGUUUAAUGGCAUUUAAUAUUAUAAUUAAUAUGCUCAGAUAUUUUGCAAGUUGUCUAGUAUUUGGUGUGAGGAAAACUACCAUCAUGUAUAAGCAGGGUCCUAAAUGUUCACACAUAGUUAUUUGUGGUACAUCAAACCCUCCAGUAAAGGAUGUAUUGUUCCAUGAAAUAACAGGGCUGUCACCAAGUUUUUAAGUUGCUGGGUAUAUGCAGCUAGUAGGUGGGAAACUGAACAGCCGAAAAGUUCUUUAUAUUUUAUUUUACUCAUGUUUCGUCUCAAAGUAGCCAGGGAUCAUGCUCAUAGUAGCUGGGGGAAAUCCCCUACCCCUGGCCCUUUGUGACAGCGCUGAAUAAAAUCACCCCAAAAAUUGGAACUAGUCCAGUGAUUUUGUUGACUCUUUGCUCCAUCAGCAACAGAAACAUGACGUAAUAGUGAGCUUAACCAAAGAUGUGUUUGAGCAAUGUACAUCAACCAGGCCCCAGUUGUUCAAAAGGUCGAUAAUGCUAUAUACAGGAUAAAUCACUUACCACUGGAUAGCACAAUUGGCUUUCCUAACACUUAUCGGUUGGAUAGUGAUUUAUCCAGUGGAUAGCCCAAUGUGAACUUUUUGCAUUCUUGGGCGGGGGUUUUGCCCAGACUUUUGAGUAAAUCAUCACGAUAAGAGUAAAGAAACCUUGCAAUACACAUUCCAAAAUAAAAGAAUCAAGGUAUAAAUUGAACAGGAAAAAGGCCUCACCUCCUGUUGAUGUGCAUCCCUCAAAAACACCUUUGCUUUAAGUGCCUCCCGGGUGACUUAGUAAUGGAAUGAUAGAGUGGGUUACAGAUUGUGUCUAUAAGGCUGUUUUAAGGUGAGGUGAAACACCUGACAAAGUAAGUGUCCCAUGUUUUUCCAAAUUGUUCUUUUCUUUUACAAGCAAACAAAAGGCAACCAAGCUUGAAGUAAAAUGUAGCCAUUCAUCAGAAGUCACUUACAUAUUUCUUUUCAGACUCUGUUUAACCUGUGAGCACAGAGGUUCUGGUCGUUGCCUCUCUCCACCCCAAAAGUAACUUACUUUUUGGGUGGAGAGAAGCAAUGACUAGAAAUAUAUCUGAGUUUGCUGGCUAGACACCAUUUAAUUCUUGGAUUUUUUUCAGAAAUAUCUCUGCACCAUCAAUGGGACUAAUUGAUAACAUUUUAUUUUCUUGGCAGGUUGUUGAUGGUGUAGUGCAAAGUAUUAAACUGAUCACAAAGGAAGCCUCACAACGAGUUGCAGACUUUGCAUUUAGCUUUGCUAAGGCAAAUGGUCGACGUACUGUUACUGCUGUACAUAAAGCCAACAUCAUGUAAGUACGAAAUAUUAUUGUAAAUCAUUUGAUGAAAAAUGUAAUGCAGUUACUUAUUGUCUUGCUUUUGUGGGCCUAUUAAAUUUUGUAAAACCCAGUGUGCACAGGAAGCGGUGUCCGAUGGCCUGGGGCUAGUGGAUUUUGUUAUCGCGCGAGUGAUUUCUAUUCUUAAAUUGCCCGAUGGGCAAAUGAAGUUUUUUGGGGGAAUUCAAAUUACAGAAGAACUGUAACCAAUGCUCAUCAAAAAUUUUUUUCGGGCUAGUUGAAGUGACUUUUGGGCUAGUACGUGCUAGCUACAGCUUGCCCGAAUGACAAGCUGUAAAACUGACUUUCUUUGCACUCUGAAAACCUAAAACAGUUUGUCAAAUCCAAGUCCUUUAGAGACACCUGUCCAACACCCUGCUGAAACUUGCCUUAAUUUUGCCGUGAUACUUGUACAGUUGAACCUCUAUUAAACAGCCCCCUCCUAAGCGGCCACCCUCUAUUAACCCUUUAAACCCUAUGAUCAAAAUUUGAAUUCUCAUUCGUUACCCCUAUUCAUUUCCUACAGAGGUAGUGGGGAGAAGUUGUUAAAAUAUCGCGCAAAUUCAUCUUGUGUGAUCAUGUCUGUAAUUCUCAUGACCACUCUGUUUUACAAAGCAUUGAUAUUACAGGGAUAAAUUUGAUGCUGAUCACUUUUAGGGCUUAAAGGGUUAAGUGGCCAGUUAUCAAAGUCCCAAAGUAAUUGUAGAAGCAAAUGGAAAAUUAAUCCUCUGCAGCCCCCCACCUCUAUUAAGCGGCUGCGGCCACCUUUUUGCCAUCCCAGUGAGAGUUCCCAUUGUUGUCACCUCUAUUAAGCAGCCAUCAAGCACUUGAUACACUUAGUUUAGCUUUUUCUUUAAGAAUAUAAUGAAGGAAAAUACACACCAAGAUAGACGGCGACAACUGAUUGUGGACCAGUAAUGCUGGUCUCAUCACGAGACAGUUUGUUUCAAAAUAAAGUGAUGUUUCUGCUAAAUAUUAUGCUAAUUUAUAAUGAGCACCCAACCUCCAAAUGGCCAAUUGCUGAUACCCCAAAGGGUGGCUGGUUAAUGGAGGUUCAACUGUAUUUUUGAACCCCUUUUGGGAAGUUGCAAAUCUGUCACUUCACAGGGUGGCCACUUUGAGAAUAAGUUUGUUGCAAACUUGAACUCUUUAACCCUUAAAAGUGAUCAACUUUUAAUUUCUCAUAAUACAUCUAGUAACUAAGAUUUCCUAGUCACCUAAGAGCAAAAGCAAGGUGCCAGUGGCCACUGGGCACUGCAAGAGCGUAGCCCUUCAGCGUUAAAGAAAGGACCUCCACUGUCUACGUUGUUCUUUAUUCACAUUACUGCAGUGAAAACUGGUCAAGUAUUGCUAAGUAGAAUAAGGCGAUUAUUUAAAUCUUGAGUUCAUUUUUUGCUUCAAUAUCACAUUCUUCAGUUGUUAAAAAUUCACACCAAGCCUUGAUUUAUAAGUGGAAUACUGUUUAGAUUUAAGUGAGACAUCAGUCAUGAAAACAAACAGAGCACCAGAGUUCUAGACUGGGAAUUGCUGCUAUAAUUUUGUUGCAUCCUGGGGAAAAAUUUUACACUUUAAGUAUUGAACAGUAUUAACGCUUUUUUCCAUGUAUGAUGAAUACUCAUUCUUAAAGUCAUAACUUCUAAGUGUUUUUAAAAGAGAUAUUCAGGAUUUCAUUCAAAUCUUGGACAUAUUUCAUUUCAGUCUUGUGGAUAGCUGUCACACUAAUGAUUUUGACCUAAUGAACUCUGCACCUUUAAAGAUUGAUGCCUUUUAUCCAAUUUUAUGAACUCCAUUCUUGAAUCAUUUCAAGAAUUGAGUUCUUAUUGUUUUGAAGUUUUUAGUUCUUCAACUGAACAAUGUGACAUUAAAACCAAUAAAGCACUCAGUUUUGAAAUAAAGUAUCAUCAAGUUCAAAUUUUAUUCUUCCUAGGAACACUUGACCAGUUUUCACAGUAACUACGGUUGUAACAAUUAACUAUGAGUUGUAACAAUUCAUCCUGAUGGUUUUGCUUUGUGCUUUGCUAAUAACACUUAGGAGAAAAUCUGAUGGUCUGUUUCUGCAAUGCUGUCGAGAGGCUGCUGAGAAGAACAAAGAUGUCAGAUAUAAUGAGAUGUAUUUGGAUACCACUUGUCUUAAUGUGAGUGUAGAAGGCACUAAAUUACUUAACUACUAUGGUAACCAUGAGGUUUAUGUUAGGACCAUUGCAGCCUUUGCACUGUGUUGCAUGAAGGCAGUCAAUAGACCAGGAUAUGUACCAAGAAAUAAAAUUUGCUACCCAACCGAAGCUAAUAAACCUGGUUGACCUGUGCAGUCUCUUAGUCCUGGGCUUGCUGUACAGUAGAUUGCACUCUCCCUUAUGUUGGUGGGUCACAUUAUUAUGCAAUCAAUAAUAUUGGACCCCAUGCACACCUCCUGAUGUAUGUCCUCAGCCCACUGGGUCCAUUUAAUAUGGCCAAUGUCAGAUUAUGUCAAGGAUAUUCCAACAGUACAGUAAUGAUCAGUGCAUUCCCAUUUUUAUCGCCAAGAGAUGUAUUGCGUGACAAAAUUUAAUGCAGUUAGAGACAAACAACAACAAAGAGCAGCACCUCGCUUGUGUAGCAAUUGUUCCCUGUGGUUUCAGGGUAGAGAACAAGGAACUAGAGUCAAAGACCGCGCGAAAAAUGGCACUCUCGUUCCAUUUUUCGUGUGGCCAAAACCGUAAAACCCGUUCGUUGGUCUUUCUUUGCUCAGAAACGAAACGGAAACGCUUGCUAUGCAGGCGAAGCACCACAUCAUGUCAUUGGUCAGCAGUCAGUUUAGUGAAGCAGGCUCAGACAGACUUGUUUGUGCAUGCACUAGCUCCAUUUUCUUGGUACAGCAUUUCAUGGCAGCCUCUGGGCCUUGUUUAGCCUUUGUAUCUUGCAUUUACCCACAAAUAUCCAUCCCUUUAUCUUUCUACUAAAGUUGGUUAAACAGAUGCCUGGCUAUGUUAGCAUAGAAGCUCAUGGCUGUGAGGCGAAGAUUUACCAGCUAUUGUGGCAUUACUCCAUGUAGGGGUUGGCUUUGUCAAAAAAAGGAAGCCCCUGGACAUACCAGGCAUUCGCCACUACCAUAGUCUCUCCCUCUAUUAAGCGAUGCAGUAGUAUUAUCAUUUAGUAUUUCUUUAUUGUCAGAUUGUAAAAGAUCCUAAAGAAUUUGAUGUUAUGGUGAUGCCAAACUUAUAUGGAGAUAUUUUAAGGUAAACUUAUUAAUAAUGAUGACGACAAUGAGAACGACGGACGACGGACGGCGGACGACGGACGACACGACGACAACGAGGUUUUGUCGUAUAAGACAGAGUAUUUCCGAACUGUUUCUGAUAGCAGUUCGUCAAUAUCUUCAUGAACUUCAACUUCUCCACCAACAACAUCCUCCCCUGAAGCCGCCAUAUUAAAAAUUGUGCUUGAGGGAGACUAAGUUCGAUAGUUUUUGACACGCUCUGAUUGGUCCUUUGUUUUGUUGUUACAUGUAUGUCGAAGGUUGUUCACGCUAGUUUGUACCUUGCAUAACCAAAACAUAACAACAGAAUGACAUAAAGAUAAGAUCACUUUUUUCCUUCCUUCAUUAUGUCCAAGUCGUUGUGUUGUUAUAAUGUCGUUUUUCAUGAUGUUCACGCUACAAACAUAACGAACGACGUAACCGCCUCCUUAUGUCGUUAUGGUAAUUUCGUUAUGUCGCAAGUGUGGACCAGGUUUAUAACGUUCUUAAUAUUAUGAAGAAUAAUUAUUAUUACAGACUCUACUUUUUUAAAAGUGAUGUUAAGGUUCUUAUAUUAUUAGAACUGACAUAAUCUUUCUUUCCUUCCAUUAUAGUGAUUUGUGUGCAGGUUUAAUUGGUGGGUUAGGAGUCACGCCCAGUGGAAAUAUUGGAGCAGAUGGAGUAGCCAUAUUUGAAUCAGUGAGUGUGUUGUUAUUUGUGUUGUGGAGGUGCAGGGUGGAGAUGUUUGCUCUUUGAGUAUCAGUUCUAUUAAAGUAGGAAAGGAGUGAUGGGGCUAUUUAUUAAUUAGAUAUACAAUGUAAAGUGUUUGUGCACCAGACUCUGGGCUCAAUUGUUUAGUACUGGAACAAUACUAGGGGUCGGUUACCGAUUGUUUCGAUACAAGUUGUUUCAAUGCAGCUUUAUUCAUUCGAGGUGUAAAUACUUCCACGUACUUGGCUUAAAGAAAGGAGUUAUUCACCCAAAAUGAUUUUCUUGUUCACUCGCAAACUAUAUUUGAGAUGAACAAACGUUUUGUGCAAUUUCGCUGCUUAAGUUUGUAUCGAAAUGAUUUGGUAUCGAGACGAUUCCCUAGGGGAGUUUUCACUGAGUAAAGCUAAACUGAGCUAAUUGUUUUACCUUCCUUUCCUUCCAGUGAGGCUCUGUCUCACAUCGUUUCUACUUAAUCUAACUCUAUCAGAGUGAAAAAAAUAAAUAUAAAACACUAGGAGUCGGUUAUUUGAGCAAAGUGAAAGUUAUGACGUGCUUCAAGAAGCUCAGUGGCCUGUAAAUGUUGUCUUAAAGCGGCGUAUUUUUAGUAGAUUAAUAUCCUUGUUAGCCCGGUUGUAAACCUCCCUGAUGCUUGGGCGGUGGCUUUAAGCCGUUGGCCUUGUCUCCAUCAUCCUUCUUUCAUUAUAUUAGUCAGUUCGAAAGAGGAUGUAAAAGAACCCACGCUACUGUUCGAUAAGACUUGGGGAAGUUCCUCAGUGGUGUGGUCUAACUCAUUUUAUCCCAUGUCAUAAAGAAUACAGCCAAUCAGAAAGCUAGAACACCGUUGCAUACUCUACGGUAUGUAACGGGUAUUAUCAUUCGAUGAAAAAAAUUUUAAAAAAAUCAUUGGCCGAGAGCCCACCACGUGACCUGCAAAUAACUGCCAACAAGUAAUGGUCUGCUCAUGCGCAGUGUCGUCCCACUGUGUUUGGCGACAAAUAAUAUUCUGCUCAUGCUUAAAUUAAACCACGCUUUUCUCCUUCUUGCGAUCGCUCUUGCAUGAAAUGGCACAUCGCUUCGCUUACCUUUCAGAGUUUAAAACACAAACUCGGUUAUAGCAAAAUAUCGUGUUUUGUCAGUGUCUCGCAGUCAACUAUUUUCCUUAGCCUUUGAUAUUUUACUCAACCUCGUCCAAUAUUUAGUAUUUUACGCAAAAAUCCCUACGAUGCUCGCGGCCUUUACCUUUUCCCGCCGAAAACAAAGCGGAUGCCGACAGCAGAAACUUUCAUUCUUCAAAAAUUGCGAGAAGCAACUUCAUAAAUAACACUGUUAAACCCAAGUUUCAUCUACCAUUCGAACUUCUAGGAAGUCAAAGUUGCAAAAGCGAUACAAAACGAAAUCAAACAGACUACAACGGACAAAUUUAUUUGUCGAUAGCAACAAAAACAAAUCAGUUAAUCCGUGUUGCGAAGAGCGAGAUGGAUCCGCAUUUCAAAACAACAAGCCUACUGAAAUGCCGCGAGAAACGUUCAACAGAUGUGUUGCCAUUUUCUUCAGGAUUCAGGUAAAGUAGACAGAAGUGAACGCGACCUUUAUUCAUUGAUAAGCUGUCGAUUAUUUAAACAUUGUUGAUUACAGAUUACAUUUAUUAUUUAAAAGUGACUUUCUUUUUGUUUACCUUAAGGCCUGAUCGCGGGUUACUUUAUUAUUAAACAUGUUUAGGUGUAGUCGUGUUAUUCUUGUUACUAACCACUUUGGUAACAAUAGUAAGUAAUAUAGUCAUCUUUUGUAACUUGCGAUUGCAAUUAUAACCGCAGAAACAUUCCUUCAGAACUGAAAUGUGUGUGUUCUUGGAAUUCUAAAUGAAUGAAGGAUAUCGAUAAAGUUAACUGUAAAGGUGAAGGUAUUGUUAAUGGGGCGUUAGCGACGGCGACGGCGACGGCGACGGCGAUGGCGUUGGUAAUAAUUAGUAUAACAAAUCUGACUAGGUGCUGCUAGUCAAAGGUUAAUGGCCUCGAUCAUUAAAUUCUCCUUUCCUUUACUAGCCUGAGAUCAGGCCCAAUUUUCGCUGCUUCUAUACAUUCUAUUUUACGUGGUCGCGCAAAAAUUGGGCUCUCUUUUUCAUUUACGAAGCGAAACGAAAAUAGAGCCUGAUCUCAGGUUAUUCCUUUACUAUUGAGAAUAGUCGCGUGUUUCAUAUAGCAUAUUGUCGAAAACUGUAAUGCAUUUUGGUUUUUAUUGUUUUCAGGUUCAUGGCACAGCCCCCGAUAUUGCAGGCCAGGACAAAGCCAACCCCACAGCUCUCCUACUAAGUGCUGUUAUGAUGCUCCGGCAUAUGGAACUUCACUCACAUGCAGACAGUGUAGAGGGAGCAGUAUUGGAGACUAUCAAAGAAGGACAAGUAAGAAUCUGCCUGAUCCCUAACAGUCCAAAGCUCUCUUCUCCCCAGAGGCUAAAAAAGUAGUAAGCGCGAAAGGGGCGAUGAAGGAGAGAAAAGGCAAAGUUCCUUUUCUCCUCUCUCCCGUAGCCAUCACUCCGCGCUCUGUUUUUUCUGCUCUGCCCAGCCUACCUCUGACACAGUAAGGAGGUUGAGCUACAACGACGGCGACGGCGACGGCGACGGCGACGGCAACGAGAACGUCAAAAAAUCAAUAGUUUAUAGUAAAACAUCAAUUUGCACUUGCAUCACACUUUUUUGUACAUUUCUUUGCCGUGUGUCACGUUUUAUAGAGGACGUAAACAAGUGACGAAGAAAUUUUCUUUCUCUUUCUAAACUCGAGUGCAGUGCCCAAGAAAUCAACUCCAGGGAAGUUUGCCUACAUGAGACAUUUUCAGCGAAUUGGAAUAAACGCGACAAAGUCUGAAAAAACGUUUUCGCUGUCGUCGCCGUCAUCGAUGCUAAAACUCCCUGGCGAGUCCUCUGCGGUGGAGAGAGAGUUCAAGAAUUGUAAAAAUUCAAGAAAUGCACCAGAUUUCAUGUUGUUUAGUUCUGAGGGAUAUAUAGCGUCAUGUGAAAAUCCUGCUAGUGUAGGGGGUGUGUGCGAGUAACUCGCUCGUUACGCGAGGUGGUACCGAGAGUCUACUUCUUUCAUCUUGGUUUUUGCUUCUCUUUGUUUCCUCAUCUUCUUAACUCCUUCUCUUACCAACUCGUAACUCUCUUAAUCUUCUCUUCUGCUCUUACUAUUAAGGCCCGGUUCAGACGCCGAACUUUUCAUGAGCCGAACCUAAUUCGAAUUAAGGCCGACCUAAAUUAUUUAGACCGGCUGAAUUGAUCCAGACGCCGAUCUUAAUAAUUCCAGCCGAAAUAAAUUCAAAACGAGAAAAAGGCUCAUUUCGGUCAAACUACGUACAAAAUACGUUAAUAGUAAUUUAGGCAUUAGGUUCGGUGCAUGAAAAGUUCGGCGUCUAAAUCAAAGCUGUUCCAAAUUAAGUCGCUCCAAAGGAGAAAUUCCCGGCCGGGUCAGGCGAAAAGAACGGGUGAGCCGUUCCAUAUUAAAAUAGGCGUUCCUAAUUGAUCCAGUGGCCGAACGUUUCAUGUACUUAAUUCAUUGUAUUAGGUUCGGCUCAUGAAAAGUUCGGCGUCUGAACCGGGCCUAAGUCAAAUAGUAACUAUUUUUAUAGCCAAAGCUGGAUAUGUUUAGGCUAGCUGACCGUGGGAAUAAAAGCAAGGUAAAGGAGCUCGGUGUGGGUAGUGUUUUGGUACAACUGAAUGUACACGGCUAUGAUCGGCAAGAAGCUACAGACCAAUGAAAAGCUAAAAUGCUUGUUAAAAAACCCAAACAGGAACUUCAACUGGACUUAUGAACUAAGGUCACAAACACGACCACCUACAGUUUGUAUGAAAAACUAACCUCUGACAAUGGCAAGCGAAGAAUAUUCUUAAAAUGGCAGUAAGUAAAUUCGCCAGCUAAGCAAAAAUUCAAGUACUGGUAAAAUCAUAGAGCAAAACAGGAAAUCACCCAUGACAAAAUCAGGACAAACCUUGACCCACUUAAUGAGACAAAAACGAAACUUAAAAAAUGAGACAGGUCUGAAAAGUAAAAUACUUCACAACACUAGCUUGUAAACGCAAGAACUUUUCCGACUCUCGCUUCUUCGUCUGCGUUCGCAGUCUUAAAACUCGUCAAUAAAAUGAAUUAUUUCAAUGGCUAGAUCGCGAGAAGGUUUUUGUCCUCAGACUCAAAAGUUGGAGCUCUGUUGCAUGAGCAUCACUGAAGGAGAUGCUAGUUUUUCGUAAUAUUCAAUAUCCUGUUCUUGUCGGUUUUCUCUCUCCCAUCUGCGGACUAACUUAGCCCUGUGGCUCUCUCGUAUUCUGAGAUGGGACGAGAAGGAACGGAGAGGAACUUUUUUCUCUAAUUUAUCGCCUCCUCCAUGCCCUUUGUCCAAAUUUCUUGCUCCUUACAUUGGUAUACCCUUCCGGAAAUGGCUUCAUGUAAAGGAAUCCUGAAAUAAUUAGUGACCUGAUUGUCUUAAGUUGUUAUGUAGCUGAAGUUUAACCCCGACAGUUCGCGCUGGCUCGAGCUCUCAAUGGCUACGUCCAGGUCUCAAGACCGUAUCGAAAAUGAAGAGUCCCUCUGCUUCGGGGACUGACAUAAACGCCUGUAAAAUGCUCUCUACGAAACAAUUCGUUGUGCUUUCUUUCUUUUAAUCUCACUGUAAAAUAAUCCUGUUUUCUGCUCUCUCGCCGUCUGAUAUCAUUACCCUCCAUCUUGUAGUGUUUAUGUUUGAGUUCCAUAACCAACUUUUACCUUCAGUUUUUGAUACCUUUUUUAAUCCUGUUAAGAACAUACAUAGAUAUAACACUAGGUUGUCCUCCAGGAAGACUUGUGCUAACCCUAAAGCCAGAACAAAUUAUGGAAUUUUUAAUUUAAGGUUCCAGGGUGCUAAAGUUUGGAAUGAUAUAACUGAUGACAUCAAGCUCCUCUAUCUCAAACGUCUUAAGAAAAAGCUAAAGUCAAUUCGUAUUGAUAAAUAUUAACCGCAGUUUUAUCAACACCAUAUUUUUUUUUGGCUUUCCGUUGUUUAAUACUGGCAUACUCAGGUUUCUUUUGUUGUCUUUCUUUUUUAACUAGUUUUCUUCCUUUUUUUGCGUCUGUGUUUUGUGUAGCUGUGUGUAGUGUGUGGUACCUGACCCUUAAUUUAAUCAUUUAUUAAUAACCUAAGUAAGGCUGCCCUAUCUUUUUAGCCCUCAACGGUUAUUAUGGACAGCCUGUACUCUCUCCAUAUUUUAUAGUAAUAUUUUUGUAUCAUGUAAAUCAAUGUAGGGUACAAAUAAAGUUGUUGAUGUUGUUCUCUCGCAAAUACAGUUUCUCGCCCUCACAAUUCUUGCACGUGCUCUAGUACAAAUAUGAAAGUAAUUUAUGCAAAGUCUUCCCGUAAGGGAAGGGUAAAUCUAAACCUCUCGCACAACUCUUCGCCUUGAGACCAGUUAGUGUUCAAACUGUGAAUUGUUUGUCUACUACCCUGACAGGUUUUGACUGGAGACCUUGGUGGCCGUAGCACGUGUUCUGAGUUUACACGGGAGAUCUGCCGGAAGCUUGAAUAGUUUUUUAACGUCUCUGAAUCUGUCCAAGCUGGUUUUGGAGUUCAUCGAUGUGAUUGGACCUUAUUUUGGUGGAGCCAUUUUAUCAUUUGGUGAUUAAGUUAUCGUUUUCCACAGAUGUACUUUUCCGGCCGUAGGUUUCUUCGCCUUUGGAUAUCGAAAUUGCAAUGGCAAAUUUAAUUUUGUUCUUUGUCGCCACUCUCAAUCCCAAGAUUAUACCUUCAGAAACUGUGAAUUGAAAUAUUUUCUGUUCCAACAAGUGAAUAACGUUCUCUCCUUUUCUUCUUAUUUUUGCGUAUUUCAACUGUAAAUUAACAGAACGUUACAAAUCGAAGAUGCUCUUAUGACUAGCAACUUAGUGCUAUUAAUAAUCUAAAAUGAUUUGUAAAUUUUAAAAUCAGGCUAGUUUAUUUGCCCGUUGUUAAAAAGUGAUCUUAGUUGAUUGAUUUUCGGACAUAAUUUCCUUGAGCUGUAAGAUUUAUGUAAGUUCAAUUAGACUAUUGCAAAUUGUACAUUGAAGUCAUAAAGAGAGAAAGAUAGACGCUGAUUUAUGUUUUCAUGUGUUUAUGUCACCAUACUCACGAUCAGCAAAGGUUUCUCUCCCC